AUGGCAGUAUUAAGACAGCCUCCAAGAACUCCAGUGAGACGAGUUGCGUCAGGGGCAUCAGCUACCAACGGCCUUGGAACGCCGUCAGCCAAGCAUCGUACAUUCAACGACGAUGAUGAUUUCGAACUUGGGGCCAGUAAGACAAACGAGAAUGAAGAAGACUUGGAACAACCAGACGAUGGAACUAGUAACGAUAAAAAUAAUUCGGAGGCUGAAGAGGACUCGGAUUCAGAUGAGGCUCCAGAGGAAGAAAGUAACUCAUCCGCUGCACAACAAUUAAGGCAAAGAACUAUAGAACGAGAGAGGCUACAAGCUGAAGAAGUAGCCAGAGAGAAAGCACGACGGAGAGAACGUGAUUUAUGGCUAAAACAACAGAAAGAAAAAGCCCUUUCGUCACUUCUCCCGGAUUCUGUCUUUGAGGAGCUUGAAGAAGAGCAGGCCAAGAAGGAGACGAGUAGUAGCAGCAACACUAUCACCUCAAACAAUAGCAUUCUAAACCCCAAAAAACCCCAGCAUAUUAAACUUGACGGAUCUGUCGCUAAAAAGACUCCUAAGAAGACACUUUACAAAAAGGGACCAGUUCUCGUCAAGGUUUUAGGCCAAGCUAAAAAGCUGGCUCCUCAAAGAGAGAACGUUGUCAGCCAGACCAGAGACUCUUUUUUGAAUCGUAAAAGUAUUCAUAGGCGAUAA